AACUUUCCAAGAAUGAAGAUGUGCUCAUCUUGAUCAAAUUUUAUAUACACAAGUGUCAAAAUAAAAAGUGUAACACGAAAUUUUUAAUGUGAUUACUUGAUGUUAGAAAAUCAAUUUGAUUUUUAAAUAUACUUAUCACGGACAAAAUAAUUAACGAAAUACAAAAAAAAAUACGCGAUUAACGGCAAAAUAUUUACACUUGUGUACAAUAAACAUCUAGUGUCGUGAUUGUAGUUUUUGUUAGAUAAUAGAUUUGGUUCUUUCUAACACCGUUAAACAUUAACAUUUUUUAUGGGACGUAGAAUCUCAAUUAUGUUUGCUUCGACUAAUUUCUUCGCAUUGGUGUUGCUGUUUUUGCCAAUUGACGCCGAUGUGACCAUUAAUCAAGUUAAUCAUGGAAUACCAAAAGAAAAUGAAAAUAUAACAAUAACCUGUAAGUCGGAUGAAUGUAUAGAUUGGAUAAGUCCAUGGGAAAAAUUUCCGUCUUUGAAAUACGCGGUACAUGAAUGGAAUGGUGCAGAAUCAUUUCUCUAUAUGCAUUCCGCCAAACUUAUUGACAGGAGGUAUAAUGUGACGUAUAGUAAUGAGAGCGACAAAUCUUUUGUGGCCACAUUACAUCUUUAUAAUGUGACUCAUGAAUCCGUUGGAUUUUAUUUCUGUGCGAAAAAAUCAUUUCAAUUUCGGAAGCCACUGGACUUAUUACCACAAGCUCCAAACGAAGAAGGUGGUAUAUCUGAUGUCACAACAAACGUGGCACGUAUAUAUGUUGAAGUUAAAGUGACAGACAACGCACCUUUAAUCAAUCGUAGAAUUGAUAUGUUCGAGGAAGAUGGUUGCACAGUUUCGAUUCCUUGCCUGGGUCAAAACAGGGAACAAACUACCAAACUUGUGCUCACUGAGAAUGGAAAUGAGCGAAAUAUUAACCCAACGUCGUUAUCGGAUGAUUAUCCACAACGAUACGAGCAAAAGUAUUGGGAACUUGGCAGUAAAAAUAACUUUACUUGUUUAGUAAAUGAGAAAAAACAAAGCGAAAUUGAUUUUCAUCUUCAUAGAAUGACGGAACCAUUCAACCGGAGCGAUGAAUAUGUAGAAAUUUUUUCAAAAACGAACGCAGAUUUCGUUGAAGGAGACCAAAUUGAACUCACGUGCUUGUAUAAAAAUAAGACGAAAGACACUAGGGCAGUUGAUGUUCAAUGGAUAUUACCAAAUAACAAUUUGGCCGAACAGGAAGGUCGUGUGGAACAAAGUGAUACAUGUAACUUUCAAGGAAACAAGAAGAUUAUCGUCAAAAAUGCAACCGCAAACGAUAUUGGAACAUACAAAUGCAUUGUUGAAUUUAGAAAUGACUACGCUAAAUUUACAAAAGUUAAAGCAACGAUUAAUAUUACCAAUAUUUAUGAUGCCGAUAAACCGCUUUUGACAGUUCCUCCGGGUAUGAUGAGCGUAAGAUCAAAUUUAAAUACAGCCGAGGAAUUGCUUUUUAUGAGAUAUGUGGCCAAAGAUGGCACCAAAUUCUGGAUUGAAUAUGAAAACAUUUUUAACGACACCAAUGGAACUAUAGAAAUAGAGGACGAAUCAAACUUUGCGAUAAAUAUGAGCAAAAAAUUCCAAGCCGUCAACAUUCGAGGUCGACGGCUCAUCAUACUGAUGAUAAGAAAUUUGAGUUUUUCCGACAAUGCAAAUUAUACUGUAAUUGCGAAAAAUGGAAAUAAAACAACGAAUGAAACAAUAAAGUUGGUGGUCCAAGGGAAACCCAUUGUUGGUAAAAUUGAAACCAACGAUCAAGGAAAUAUAACGGGAAAAUGUGACGUGAUUGCAUAUCCACGACCUUCAAAAGUCUAUGUGACGCUUAUGACAGUAGAUGGUUUACCUUUGGCGACUCAAUCUUUCAACGAAACAAACAUACAACAAUCAUAUGAAUUUGGUUUUGAGCCAAGAAAGGUAAAAAGAAAGAGCAUGGUAAAAAUUCGUUGUGAUGCAACUAAUGAAAUUGGCACUCAUUCUAGAAUGGUAAACCUGGAAAAAGGCGUAACGACUUUAACUAUAAUUGUAGUUUCUUCUAGUGUAUUAUUUUUUUUGGCUUUUGUUGCUUCUUUAUUGCUGAGUGUCAAAAAAUGUAUUUUUAACCCAAGAAAAGAAAAUAUACCAAUUGAUAAGUUUAUAAUCGUAAAGAAGUUGAGACUAUUGGGUGCUGGUGGAUUUGGUGAAGUUCACCAGGCGAUAGUAGGAAUAUAUGAUCCGUUAAGUAAAACCUAUAAAAAUAUAGUGGCUGCUAUUAAAACGCUACAUACCAAUUUCCAGGGAAUCGAUCAAAUGUUAAACGAAUUAAAUACUGUUAUGAGAUUGGAAGAACAUGAAAAUGUAGUUCGUUUUAUCGGUGCCAUCACCAAAAAUAUUAUGAAUGGGGAUCUAGUAAUCAUCUUUGAGUACUGCGAAGGCCAAAACCUGCAGGAAUUUCUAAGCGGAACUAAGUCACCAGUAGUCUACAUUGAUCAAAUUGAACGUACCUGUGAUGGAUAUAGAAUAAAUCAGGCGAUAACUGAGACAGCUUAUUCAAUCACCAGACAAGCUUACAAUCCAAAAAAAUAUUCAACAACAGAUUUGCUUAAUUGGGCGUCUCAAACAGCAAAUGGAUUACAUUUUUUGGCAAAGAAUGGCAUUUCGCACUGUGACUUGGCGGCAAGAAAUCUUAUCUUGUGUAAUGAUAACACUAUUAAAAUAUGUGACUUUGGCAUGGCACUUGAAAUGCCCGAUGGUAGAGUGUAUCAAACAUUUGAUAGGAGGACUCUGGCAAGCAGAUGGAUGGCUCCUGAAGUGCUGAGACAUCGGGUUUUUAAUGAAAAAUCUGAUGUGUGGGGAUUUGGUUUGGUCAUGUGGGAAAUGUUUACAGCAGGGGCAAGACCGUUUCCUGAUAUUGAUGAUGGAGAAUUCACACCUGAAAAUAUAUUAAGAGAAGUAAAAAAAAUGGAGAAGCCAGAUGAAAUGACACCAAAAAUCUUUGAUAUCAUAAAAUGGUGCUUGGAAGAAAAAGAAUAUGAUCGGCCAACAUUCGUUGAACUGGUGAAACGUAUUCGAAUGGCAUUAUAUGAAGAACCGGAUUCAUCAUCGGAUGAUGACGAAAAUAGACCCAUUCGGAACGAGGCCACAGGUGAGACCACAGGUUCACAUCAAGUCUCAGAUUCAAUGGAUUCUGUGUUGAGCUCAUCAAAUAGUUCUACAAUCACUAUGCCGGAUGAAAAUCCUUCGUUCAACCAACCCUAUGGAUAUUUAACAAUGAGUAUGCCGGACCGAAAUUCUUCGACGUUAAAUCACAUAUCCAACUAUAUAGAAAUGAACGAAAACUCUUCAACGUCCAAACCUCCAAUUAUUCACCAAUAUAUUCCAAUAUAACACCAAUUCAACAUAAUGUCUCACAUAUUCUCUGGAUAUAACUAUUUUUUAUACAACUAUUUCACAUUUUUUUUAUUGCAUCAUUACGAAUCUCUGCUUUAUU